AUGUCAGAUAUCUCCAGACUAAGCGCACGAUCCUCUCAGGAGAGUCUUCGCAGCACCUCAUCAACCCCAUCGAUUCAAUCGAUUCAAUCAGAACCUGAGAAACUCGCGCCAGCAGUUGAUGGACCCAUGGUCUGGAAAGGAGCUGAGCUCGACCCGACCAAGUAUGUUCUCGACCUCCAAGAGCAUGAGAUUGCAGAAAUAAGGACCGCUAUUGUCUCCUUCAAGCUAUCCAGCCUCCCUCGUAGCUCGAUCGAUGCGACCACCUUUCCCUUAUCUAAGCAGUUAGCCGACAAGUUGUCUUCAGUCAGCGACGAAGUCCACAAAGGGCGUGGCGUAGCCGUUGUGCGGGGGCUUGAUACUGCAAAGCUCAAUGAUGAAGAGGCAGUUAUUGCCUUCGUUGGCGUUUCUUCAUACGUAUGUCCUAGCCGUGCUACGGACUCGUAUGCGAAUCAGACACUAAUUCUUCAAUCUUCUCUUGUCACAAAUCUGACGUCCUUAACAGGCCACAUCCGAGACGCAACCCAUGACGCUGUCCCCGAGUGGGCGCAGGAUCUUGGACUUGCGGGGUCGAAGUUGCCAGUCGCAAUGGAAUUUCAUUCUGAUCGGUUCUCUGGAGAUGUCCUCGCACUCCACGUGAGGAACGACGGAGGCGCUGACAGCGGCGGAGAGCAGUACGUUGCCAGCUUCUGGAAGGUAUACAAUGAGCUGUUGGGAACCGAGCCUGCAGUCCUAGAGACCAUGGCGGCGGCUGACUGGCCAUUCGAACUGAAACAACAAAACAAGUCCCCUUACCUUGAACUCGGACCAACCCUUUUCUUUGCCCAGGGCAAGCCACUUUGCCAACUUGUCAAGGCCCCACUUCUCGGAAGCCCUCGUAUCCCACGUUCAAGUGAAAUGCCAUCCCUUACCAAGGAACAACUCCACGCUUUGGAGGUUGUCGAAGGCUUGGCUCGCCGGUUUAGUACAAGGUUGGACCGCCGUAUCGGAGACCUCCAAUACAUCAACAACCUGAGCAUAAUGCAUGCCCGCUCCGCAUAUAGUGCCAGGGCGAGUCCCCCGCACGAUGGCCGACACCUCCUUCGCAUGUUCCUCCGAGACCCGAGGAACAUGUGGGCCAAACCAAGCAGUUUCAGCACCAAUUUUGAUGACCCUUUCGCCGAAGGAAGGGAGCAGAACAUCUCCAUCUUGGACCUUGACCCGUGGCGCAAGAUCAGCGGACGUGAGAGCCACGGCUAA